AACCUGCAUCAGUCUGUCACACCUUCUCUCCUUCUGAGGCCAUCAUCAGCUGCCAGCGUCACCAUGCGAGCUAUUGUAUUGCUGUGCCUGUUGGAAGCAGCCUUCGUCCAGGCCACUGAAUAUUCCUGGAAAACAUCUGGUACAAAUACAGAUAGUGCAAGUGUCGAUCCAAACGCGGACAAUGCAUGUGUUACGGACCAGGCAUCGUGUGGAUGCUGUCUGAUGCAGCAGCAGGUUCAUAGGAUGAAGACGUUCUUUAACAUGAGCCUCACUGAGCUGGAGAAGGAGCUGAUGAAGACAAAGAGCAUCCUCAACAAUGUCAGAGCCAGCCGCAGUGCCUUCUCCGUCUCUCUAACCAAUGAAGACAAACUGAACUGCUUUGGCCCCUUCCGCGACGACACGCUCAUCACCUACAAACAUAUUUUCAUCAACCUGGGUGAUGGCUACAGUCCGGACACCGGUAUCUUCACUGUUCCACGCUCUGGUGUCUACAGUCUUGCCCUCACCGUCUACAGUGACGCUGGUUCUCCUGGUAACACUCUGGCCGCCUGCGCCGGUCUGCUGGUUAACGGCCAGGUGGUGGCAGGACCCAGAGAAAGAAAUAUGCAAGAUCAAGAGGACAGUGCUACGGUUGUUGUGGCCCUCCACCUGACGGCUGGGGACCAGGUGGCUGUCAACCUGCCCAUUGGAUGUUUCCUCUGCGACGACAGCAGCCACUAUAACACUUUCACUGGUUUCCUGCUGUAUGCUACUGACUAAGCUAGGGAAGUUGUAGCUGCUCUGGGAUUUGUACCAACUCUGGCAUUGUUUGUGUCUGAUACAUGAAAUAUUCCCGUAGCAGCAGCUGUGUUUUGUAGCUCUUCAUCUCUUUGGUCUUUCUCACCCAACAAUGCUCUCAACUUGCUGGUUUUAUUUCAUCAUCUUCCACUGUCAUCACACCCUAAUGUUAUCGUUUGACACGAGCAAGGUUUAAGUUUAUUUCUAAUGUUUGAAAUAAGAUUUAAAAAUGUUGUAUAUCUAUGUCACAAUUGUCCAUGUUCUGAACUCACUCACAGCUGAUUAGUGUCAUAUAAUCUGAGUUUGUCUGUUCUUGUAACUGCAAAUCUGUCACUUACUGAUUUUAUGUGAUAUAUAUUGAUGGAAAUAUGUGAUAUACCUGUAAAAUCAAACAUAAAUAAAUCAGGAUUUUGAACA